AUGGAGCAACGAAUUCAACAAUUUCACGAUGACACAAAGUCCAUUCCUAAUCCACCUACUGCCAAAACUUUAAAACAAAUGAACACUCUGAAAAAGUUCAUUUACAAAAAUCAGGAUUAUAGAUUUUCAGAUAAAGAGAAAAAUAAGCUUUUUGCAUGCAUAGAAACUUAUUUUACAGUGUUUGACAGAAGUGGUUUGGCAAAUAAUGUAUCUGCUUUUCCUCUAAUUGAAGAUGCUUUGAAGGUUCCUUGUUUCACCACAAAGCAAAAAAAUCAGUUAUUGAAAUGGUAUGAUGAAAUUCUUGCUAAAGAAGAAGGCAGAGAUCAGCCAGCAAAAGGAAAAAACGUCAGCCGCGACUUUGAGGAUGAGGAGAAUUAUGACGAUUUUGAUUGGGAUGCCUUUGAACGAGGAGGACUAGAGGAAGAGGUUGCAUGA